UGAACAACAUGGCGUUCUCUCUGUGUCUAUUGUUCGUUCUGGGGAGCAUUGUGUUUAGCCUACAGGACCAAACAAUCCCUGAGGUGUCCAGCCCACAAGACGAAACGGUCCGUGAUGUACACAGCCCAGAUGACCAAAUAGUACGUGAAAUAGACCGUAGAUUGUUGUUAAAUGACCCACAAACAAUUCUGGUCCAGUUAGAGGCAAUACAAAGAGAAAUGCAGACUUUAAAAACACUGGUCAACUCACAGCAAACUAAGAUCCAAUCAAUGCAAACGCUGGAAACAUUGGUCAACACCCAACAGACUAAGAUCCAAUCACUGGACACGCUGGUCAACUCACAACACAUUCAAAUGCAAUCUUUACAGAGUCAGUUGACCAAAACUGCAAACCAAGGGCUCGGUACAACUUAUACAGUAUGGGGACGGAAAAAUUGUCCGGCACUCAAUGGAACUAGCACUGUGUACUCAGGUAUAAGUGCAGGUUCACCGUACCAUGUUGGCGGUGGAGGAGCGAAUACAUUAUGUCUUACCCAUAAUCCUGAUCAGCCGCCGUCUGACUUUCCUACCUACCGAGAAAAAGAUGGAUGGUUGUAUGGAAGCGAGUAUCAGUUCACGUACAGAAAUUAUGCAAUAGAUGACGAUGUCCCAUGCGCCGUUUGUCUUGCAGCAUAUUCAACUGCCGUUUUGAUGAUUCCAUCGAAAACAAGUUGUCCCAGUAGUUGGAACGUGGAAUAUCGCGGGUUUUUAACAUCCCAGAGUGCCACAGACGGAAGACCGUCAUAUGAUUAUAUGUGUCUUCAUGAAAAUGCAGAGUAUCUGACAGAAGGGGCUCGCCAACAGAAUUAUAACGGACAUUUGUUUUAUCCGGUGAUAACACAGUGUGGCUCAUUACCAUGUCCGCCAUACAUCAAUGCAAAAUACGUUACGUGUGUUGUUUGUUCUAAGUAAAAAGCAUUCUGUAUUCUUUAAAAAUAAAAUGUAUUCGAUAUGGUGAGA